AUGACGAACAACGACGAUGACAUGACGACGACGGCGACGGUCGGCAUCGAUAGUUCUACCUGCAUGACUAUAUCGCUGCAGAGAGAUCAAGUCGUUGUGAUCCCCAAUCUUCCUCCUCCCACCGUCCAAGACAGCAGUGCGAUCCGAGCCAUCACCAUCGCCAUUGCGGACAACUUUGUGCAACUCACAGAUGCCGGCAUUCAGCGACUGGAAGAUAUUCUGACGAGACAUGACAAUCUGGAAUAUAUCAAUAUAGAGCGCUUGACACAUGCGGUGACGUCAAUUUCACUUGGAGCCUUGAUCCGGAUCUUGUGGCUACCCAAUCUCGCCAAAUUGACUGACUUGAGAAUACUGGGCGCCAAUCUGUUGGGAAGUCCCGACGAAUGGCAGCAGUUGGCGCAUGCCAUCCUUCGCGAUCAUUUGCAAUCACUGGCAUUUAUCUGUAUUGUGGAACCGUUGACUUGGUUGUCACGCAUCCCAGAGCGGGCGCUGGAUCCGCUGGUACGGGUAUGUGCCAACCACCCCACGCUCAAGUUUGUGGCCACCAACCUAUUUAGUGGAGUUUCCUUGGCGGCCAUUGAUGACUUUUGUCAAUCGCCACAAAUCAUGGGAUUGCACUUGGUGGAUACCGAUGUAUCGGGGGACCGGGUGUUUCGAUUCUUUCAACAGAUGCAGUCCAACUCCAAGGUAUGGUUCCUCAGCAUUGCCUUUGCCGAAACUGUCUCCACGGAACACGGAAAAGCUAUUGCCCAAUUACUGUGCCACAAUAGAGCCAUUGCCAAUCUGAGUGUCAAAAGCAAACAACCGCUACACGAAGAUUUUUUGGUGGAACUACUGCAAGGCCUAGCCAAGGCACAGAAACUAGAAGAGUUUUCUUUAGAAGGAUCCGGAGACGGACUCGUCAUUAGCGAUUCGUGUCGGGCCAGAAUUGGCACCACGCUAGAAGAAAAUAAAGUUCUACGCAAGCUGCAGUUGGAUGGAAUUCAGAGUGACACACUGGGAGAGGAAAUUGAUAUCUUUAUGAGGCUCAACCGUGCUGGUAGACGACAUCUCUUGGGCUGUGACGACAAGACGACGCCGACGAGCAGGCAGGAUUGGAUGGAUGCUCUGGGCAACCACAAUACAAGGAACGACCUGAACUGCCUAUACUACUUGCUUUCCAAGAAUCCAGAAGUUAUUUACUGCCAGGACCAACCCAAGCAGCAACAAGAAGAACCGCUACCAACAAAGAAACGAAAAGCCGACGAUAUAUCAUCGUUGGACUAGCGAUCUACAGUAUUUCCCUUUCAUGGAAAGCGGACGGUGCCUUACUUCUCGUUUGCAUGAACGCUUCAUGGUAUCCAUUGUAGUGCACAUCAUUUUAUUCAAAAACCAAAUGGCAUGAUAAUGAAAUAUUCAGUUGGCUUCGAGGGUUCGGCAGAAGCCAAGAGCCUUGCAAGACGGAGCAAGAAACGAGUGUACCGGUAUGGCUGCGAUCGGGCAUACUUCCCAUCCAUUGCGGUUAGAGUGCCUCAAUCCACUUCAAUUCAUUAGCUAGUUCAAACCGCAAAUCCGUCCGGGAGUUCUACAGCCAUCAUGUCCGAUCUCUGCCCUCGGUCCCCUUUCCGACAUCGGUAGGAACUUGUACUGCGAAAUUACAGUAACUAAAUUUACUGAAACAACAAUAGACUGCCAAAUCACUAUGCGUAAAACGGAGGCUUUGUGGUCGAUACUUACUUCUCAACA